AUGUUUUUCUUCCUGUAUCAGUGGUUCAAGAUGAUUUCGACAUUAUGGCUGGGGGGGGCUCUCAGCUGUCUGAUGCUGCUUCCAGUGCUGAUGGAGGCCAAAUCAUUACUGAACUCCAUCGAGCAGGACGAGAUGGUUCCUGUCAGUCACGUUAACAUCGCCUCAGAGCAGGCAAACAGCUUCCUGACUCACUCCAGACCCAAACGCAACGCAGACCCCAGAUGGCACCGAGGAAACCCCGACUUCCAGGCUUAUUACAGAUACUACAGCAGCAUCGGACACACUGAGGGGCUCUAUGAGAUCGACAAACUGCGGAUGCUCUACCAGCAGAUGAGGCAACUGGAGCAGACCUACGGCCCCAAUGCCUCCUAUUACCAGAACAAGCUGGGGCUUCCUCCUCCACCUCCCAUGAAAGGGGUUGCUCCUCCACCUCCGAUGAAAGGGGUUCCUCCUCCACCUCCGAUGAAAGGGGUCCCGAGGCCCACCGCGCCCCCAGUGACCCCCCCUCCUCUCCCCGCUGCUCCAUCUAUGUCCCAGGCCGAUGUGCUCUAUCUGUGCAACAAGAAGGAUCCGCUCUGCAAGCCCCACAUCGUCUACCUGCCCAGCGGCGCCAUUCCAGUUCUCUGCGACCCCCGCAUCCACCCCCACUGCACCCCUCAGAAGGCUGCACCCGCCCCUGUGGCAGUGCUUCAACCUCUUCCACCGAAGAAGUUUGUCCUACCGCCUCCACCGGUCCUCGUCAAGUCUGGCCCUGCCCCCGUCCGCACCUUCAAGGGCAUGGAGUACGACUGUGACCCCUACUGGGACCCCGACUGCCUGGUGGACAGCCCACCCAGGCCUAUGAAAGGGAAGGGUUUGGUCCCACCACCACCACCACCUAUGGAGGAGAAGAAGGAGGAACCAGCACCUCCUGCACCCAUCGAGAAGAAAACUAAAUUCUACCCUUACCCUUACUACCCUAUGCCCUACGACCCCAGGGACGAGCUGUACGACCCGGUCCGCUUCAAGUACCCCGAGCCUGUGGAUCCUUCUGAACCUGCUGAUGAGGCUGCGGAGGCCAGCCAGUAA